CCACCAUGGUUGAACUGAGGCUCAUCUUCAUCUGCUUCAUGACGCUUCACGGUAAGGACUGAAACAUUUUCAUCGUCUUUGGAACAGACUCUAUGAACUGAGGUGGAAUAAGUAAAAAAAAAAACCAAUUAAACAAAAUCAACUGCUUUCUGUAAAUUAUGAUGGGAUUAUAAUCCCAACGAUAAUAACAUUUAUAUUUAGAAUUGAACUGAAGUGUCAAGUGUCACUGUUUAAUGGCUGCUUUGUUUCACACUGAUGUCACUGGUUUGUAAAUUAAGGUUUUGAGUUGUUUUUUUUUUAUUAUUUAUCUCAACAUCUACACCGAGCACAAACAGCUCUGACUUCACGGUCUUUCAUCAAAUAUCAAGUAUCGCGGUGCAGGUUCUGUUGACUUUCCAUCGCUCUCCUCCUGUGGUCCCGGCUCCUACUAAUAUAAACAGAGGCAUCGUUAAUCGAGCUGAUCGAUAUCACCUGCGUCAGACGGUGCACCUGCACCUCCACAAUGUGAUUUUUAAUGUUCUUCCCGUUAGACCUGGGCUCAGCGUUCAACUGCAGCAGCCCGACUCCCGCAGCCUUGUUCGAUGCCCUGGACAAAGAACUCUUCUCCAAAAACCUCAUCCGUCCCGUGCAGGACUUUUCACGUCCACUGAACGUCUCCAUCAUGAUCACCGUGGUGGGAAUCGUGGGCGUGGAUGAAAAGUCCCAAACGCUGACUACAGUCAUCUGGCAAGUUCUGCAGUGGGACAUCGAGGGUCUCAGCUGGGACGACAAGGAAUGUGGAAGCAACCGAGUCUCUGUUCCUCGAGAAAAUCUCUGGAUCCCAGACAUCCAUAUUUUAGAGAUCAUGGAGGAAGAUCAAUCUCCCAAAACUCCGUACGCCUACUUGUUCAACACCGGCCGUGUCUAUGACGACCAGCCCAUGAGGGUGGUCAGCGCCUGCCAGCUGAAAAUCUACACUUUUCCGUUCGAUAUCCAGAACUGCUCCUUGACCUUUGGCCCAUACCUUCACUUUGCUGCAGAUGUGAGGAUGGUUGAAGGCACCACAGCUGAGAAGAUCCUGCAGGAGUCCACAGAGGUUCUUCACAGCAGCGGAGAGUGGGAGUUUGUGCACAUCAGUGUGUCUCACUCCUCCCUAGAGUUUGACGAGGGCAAAUAUUCUGCAAUCAAGUACUUUAUAAUUUUAAGACGUCGACCGCAGCUGUACGUGAUGAACCUGCUGAUCCCCAGCUGCUUCCUCAUCACCGUCGACCUCUUCAGCUUCCUGCUGCCUCCACAGAGCGUGGACCGGUCGUCCUUCAAGAUGACCCUCAUCCUGGGCUACACCGUCUUCCUGCUCAUCAUUAACGAUCUGCUGCCCAUCACUGGGGAAACGCCGCUAAUCAAUAUUUUCUUCUCCAUCAGUCUCAUACUGAUGGUGGUCAGCCUGUUGGAGACGGUGCUCAUCACCCACAUCCAGUUCAGCAGCAGUCAGUACAGUGAGGUCCCUCAGUGGCUCAGCGUCCUGGUCUUACGAUAUUUAGCCAUCGUUGUUUUCAUUCCUCCGAUCGAGAGGAGCAACCGAGUCACAGUCUUCUUCAACCCAUCUGCAAGAGCCCAUGCUAUGAAUGACAGCAUCAGUAAGAUCUCGAACAGAGAUCUUCAGACCGUCUGCAGCCACACCACGUCAGACAAAGCCUCUGUCGACUUGGCCUUAGAUGAACUGAAGAGACUGAGCGGAGAACUCAUGGCCAUCCGUCUGCAGGUGGACAAACAUUUCCAGAGCAGCAACACCUCAGAGGAGUGGAGAAUGAUGGGCGAAGUCAUCGACCGCCUCCUGUUUGGCCUCUACGUCAUCUUCAUCUCGAUCAGCUUCAUCAUCACUGUAGCAAUCUGGACCUGGAACAGCUCUUACACAGCAUGAGAACAAAGGUGUGGUACAGAUCCAACUGUCUUAAGUUUGCGCAUAAGCAGUAGUUAAAAAAGGAAAAAAAAUCACUGUUUGUCUCUAACCAGCCAAUCACAGAGCAGUAAUCCUCCAGCCAAAAAAGUGACGAUUUUUAUUUUUUCACCUAAAUAUAGAG